AUGCUGUCCGCCCAGUCUCUCGAGGGGUCGCCUCCGCAUCCAACUGGAGGCACAGGUGCCGCUCUGGCUGCUACCUCGGAUUCUGGUGAGAACCGAGGGCAGAAACCAAAGAACCUUCCGUGUCAGUACUGUAACAAAUGUUUCAGACGAGUCGAGCAUGUGCAACGACACGAGAGGACACAUACAAAAGAAAAGCCCUUCCGGUGUAACUGGGACCGCUGUGGCAAGACCUUUGGACGCCGUGACUUGCUCGUACGGCACGAAAAGCUCGUCCACCUCAACGACAACAGCAAGGACAAUGGGCGAUCGCGCAAGCUCUCCGGCGCCACGCAUCAGUCCUCGUUAUCGUCGGACAGCCAGAGCCUCGAGCAUGGCCACAUGGGAAUGCACCGUCCCCUGGCUCAGCAACCGCAACUCUCGCCUCCUCAACCACUACCGCAACACCAACACCCUCAGCAGCAGCAGCAGUUACCUCCACAUCAACAGCCUCAACUGCACGUACAAGACCGCCAACAGCCCCCACCGCCGCAGUAUCACACCAGUCAUUUAGCUCCUGUUGGUGGAUCCUCAUUGUCACAGGAUGCAAGGUCAGCUCCGAGAUCAGCAGCUUGCAAUCUUGACCUUUUGUCCGAUGCUGCCCUGGCAAGCGAAGUCAACACGAUUCCUCCCAUAUUAGGAGAUCGUCAUCACAGCAGUCACGCAAGCAACAAGAGUUUCGUCGACGGUCUCGGACACUACGGAGACCGCUCAAGGGAAGAGCACCAUGCUCUCUCGUCGGGCUAUGGACUGUCUCAUCAAGGGCUUAAUGAUGACUACAACAUGUUGAUGGACGAUUUUGGAGCAGCGCCACACUUCCUCCCUCCUCACUUUGAGCCGGACCAGCAAUUUGGGCUUUUCCCACGGUCGUCUGCGAGCCGGGGGCCAUCCAAGACGGGUGGUCAGUAUUCUUCGAGAUACGCCUCGCUCGCCCCUGAUCAUAAGGAACCUCAUGAUAGUACGCGGUACGACGAAGGCGGGCGGGCGCCCCCUCUACGAAUAUCCAUCACAGAUCACAACACGAUCAAGAACCGGCUGGACGAGUUCUCGUCGGUCCUACCGAAUGACUUUGUGUUUCCGUCCCGGCAUACCUUGACACGGUUCCUGGAGGGUUACAUUACUGGAUUCCACGAGCAUCUGCCAUUUCUUCAUUUGCCGACGCUCUCGCCGGUGGAUAUGGCGCCAGAGCUGCUGAUGGCCAUUGCGGCUGUCGGCGCGCAGUAUCGAUUUGAGAGUACUCGAGGCUAUGCACUCUGGUAUGCGGCCAAAGCAGUGGCCAACGAGCAAAUCAGACGGCGGCACAGCUCGGACAUGAAUGCCCUCUUGCCAACACCCGCGGCGUACAGUCCACAUUCAACAAGGCCGUCGCCGAGUAUGACAUACAGACACUCCUUUGCUUCGGCGCAAUCUGAGCGACCAAUGACCCAGGACACGCAUCGGGAACCCUAUUCUCCGAACACACCGCAAGCACGACUUGAAACCAUCCAAGCGGUUCUGCUGCUGUUUGCCGUUGGUCUCUGGGGCGCCAAGACCAUUCUACAUGAAUCUCUAUCAAUGCAGAGCAACCUAGCUGUCCUCAUUCGGGAGGAGGGACUGAGGGUCGAGACAAGCCAAGCAGCCAUGUCAGACUGGGAAGCAUGGGUGCGACUUGAGGGAGCGACUAGGACGAAACUCAUCGCCUUUUGCUUCUUCAACCUGUGCAGUACAGCGUACAACAUGCCACCUCUGUUGUUGACAUCUGAACUCAACUUGUACUUGCCCCUGAGAUCUCGUCUUUGGCGGGCAGAGACUGCGUGGCAGUGGCAAGAGCUUCGACAGUCGACACCCAUUGCCGAAAUCACAGUGCACGAGGCUUUCUCUCGCCUUUUUGGCCGCACGAAUGAGGGUGUGCCGUCGCAAUUAUCGUCGCUGGGCAACUACGUCUUGAUCCAUGCGCUGCUUCAACACGUCUACCUGCUCAAGCAAACAUCCUUUUCGGCUGGAUCGCCGUACGACAUGCACCGCACAUUGAAGCCCGAUGAUGUUGAGGAAGUUGCACAGGCUCUGCGCGUCUGGCAGACCAGCUUUGAGCACCGGCAUCAGCUACGGUCGGCCGAGUCUGGGCACUUUGGCGGGACGGAAUCGAUACCAGGCGGCUCGCUGGCUUACAAUGCGUCCGCUUUGCUUCGCCUGGCUUAUAUCAGGCUGUACAUUGACCUUCCACCGGGCCGGGCUCUGGAGUCGAGGGACUGGGCGCUCAUUGCGUCAAGAUUGAGCGCGACACCUCUCCUCAUGAGGAGCCUCCGUCUACACCGUGCUGUGUACCAAGCUGUUCACGCGCUGUCAAGGCUGGUCAAAGCCGGCGUGGCGUACAUUGCGCGCACAAAGUCCUCUGAAUGGAGCAUACAGAACUCGCUGUGCAACUUUGAGUGCGCCAUUCUGCUCGCUAACUGGCUGCUCACCCUCGCCUCGAUCGGCCCCUCGGACCCGCAGGCAUCUCCCGAGGAGAAGAACUUGCUCGACACCGUCCGCCGCAUGCUUGACGAGACCGAAUUCGCCGUGCCUGUUGAUCCAUCACUGUCCGGCCCUGGGAACACUGGGGGCCACAUGGAGAUGGCGAACAGCGACAACGCCAAGCUGCGACAGCUGGCUGCUGCCGUCGUGCGACUCUGGGCAGAGACCUUCAAAGGCACGCACAUAUUUGACAUGGUCAAGGUCAUGGGCUUGAGUCUAGAUGGCUACGCUGAUCUGAUUGAGAAGCCGCGAGAGCGCACACCGCUCGGUAGGCUGGCACCCGAGACGGGAAUGCAUUGA